GAUACCGUGUGUCCCGGCUUCUCCCCUUAAUAACGAGAAAGGGAAACGUGUGCUAGCAAUGGAGCCAUCUGAGAAAUACAUGAUUGAAUACAAAGGAUUCUAUUUUGCAAGAGAUACGGUUAUACCAGAAUACCUAGAUUCACUGGAGGAUUUUGAAAUCAGAGAUAAUGAUGUAUUUCUGGUGACUUAUCCAAAAUCAGGCACCAUGUGGAGUCAGCAAAUUCUGAGCUUGAUUUAUCAUGAAGGUCAUCGAGAUGGAACUGAAAACUUAACUAUAAUGGACAGAGUUCCAUGGCUGGAACACAAUAUAGACAACACGGAUUAUGUCAACCGUACAUCACCUCGUCUGUUCACCACACACCUGCCCUACCGUUUAGUGCCAAAGGGGUUACGAAAUGGAAGAACCAAGGUUAUUUAUGUGGCCAGAAACCCAAAGGAUGUCUGUGUUUCCUUAUAUCACUAUUCCAAAACCUCAGUCUUAUUAGAAGAAGUAGAAGACUUUAACAUUUUCAUGGAAAGGUUUUUGGCUGGCAAAGUGAUAGGUAGUUCAUGGCUGGACCACAUAGAAGGCUGGUCUGCUCACAGGGAUGACUUCAAUAUUCUGUUCCUUACCUAUGAAGAAAUGAAGAAGGACGUCAGAAACUCCAUCUUAAAGAUAUGCAACUUCCUAGGAAAGAGGCUGACUGACAAGGUGAUUGAUGAUAUUGUGGAUAAGGCUUCAAUGGCUAAUAUGAGAGUGGAUCCCAGAACAAAUCCUGACAUCUUUGUUCCUACCCUCUUCGAUUUAAGUAAAGGCAGCUUUCUUCGCAAAGGCACUAUUGGAGACUGGAAAGACAUGAUGACUGUUGCACAGAGUGAAAGAUUUGACUGUGUUGUUAAGGAGAGGAUGGAAAAGCUGCCCUUCAAGUUCUGCUGGGACAUCAAGGAUGACUUCUAAGUUCAUAUCAU